AUUUAAACUCAUUACAAGAACUGUAAUAACAGCUCGGUCACAUUUGUAAUAUAUAUUACAACUUCAAAUUAAUAUAUAACCGUUAACUAAUAACUACCUCUAAUAAUAAAGUAGUGUUUUCUAACUGCAAUCAGUUACACAACGAUUUUCUUAUCUCAACACAGCUUAUCACUAUAUCUAUCGAUCACUAGUAGUUACUUACUUCUCCACACACCCACUCACACUCUAUAUUAAUUAAUAACUAAAGAACAUCUCCCAUACCAAAGAAAAGCAAGAAGAAGAAGAAGAUCAUAACAAUGGAUACGAGUGAGAAACCAAUAAUGGUGGUUGGAUUCGACGAAGGCCAGAACAGCUGCUAUGCUCUAGAGUGGACUCUGGACCGGUUCUUCCUUCCCUACGCUCCCAACUUUCCCUUCAAUCUCAUUCUUGUCCACGCCAUGCGUCCAUCUUCCUCCCUCAAUCUCAUUAGCCCUACCGAGGCUGAGGUCUUGCGGUCUAUCGAACGUGAUUUGAGGAGGAUAGGUGAGCAGAUUGUUGGGAAAGCUAAAAAAAUUUGUGCCACUAAAAAGAUGAAAGAAUUUUCGAUGGAUGUUAUUGAAGGAAAUCCCCGGAAUAUUCUCUGUGAAGCUGUAGAGAAAAACCGUGCAUCUGUCUUAGUUGUGGGCGCUCAUGACUAUGGGCCUAUAAAGAGAGUGGUUUUGGAGAGCGUCAGUGACUAUUGCUUUCACCAUGCGCAAUGCUCGGUCAUCAUUGUGAAGCAGCCUAAAAUAAACCCUAAGGGCUUCAUACUACACACAUAAUGACCACUUUAUUAGCCUUCAACAUGAUGAUGAGAUUUGAAGUGAUAUCACAAUAAAUUUUCUCAAGUAAUUAAUAAUAAUAAUAAUAAUAAUGUUCUUUCUCAAAAGUUUUGUUAUUUGUUUCGGCCGGGGAAUUCAUGGGCUUGUCUUAUUUCACGUAUGUAUUUAUGUUUGUAGAAAUUUUCCUAGCUAGAAAUCUAAUAUGAGUCACUACGGUAUUAAUCAAUUAGUUUAUUAUCUUGAUUGUGUUUUUGUAUAUUUGAGAUUUAAGUUGUGAAAGAAUUAAUUUUGUCAUGUUCU